AUGUUCAAAUUCUGGUCGCCCAGAGCCCAGGAAUAUUCUCCUCUGUCGCCCGAUGACGAAAGAGCGAAAGAAGACGAGGCUCACAUACGCCAUUUUUCCAAAAGAAAACGACAUGCGCUACCCGCCGGCAAGGCCUAUGUGGCUCUUCUUCACAGCCUCAUAGCCCUCCUUGCCAUCGCCGUUGUCACGCUCACUGUCUUAUUCCUCCGGUCCGACAACAAUAACGUCCAGAACCUUGGCCAUGGCCACCGUCUUCAUUGCGGUUCGUCUGUCGCCGAGGCGCAAGUCCUUGGAUGCGUCUAUGACAACCUCGUCAAGGGCUGGAUUCCGGCAGUUUGUCCGCAACUCGGCAAGCAAGAAUUUGUGACAGCAGGUUACACGGAACCCAACAGCACCGGGUGGCCAUACUACGCGGACAAAGAAGGCACGCGGAGGCUGACGGAUGACGAACUUGCUUUCGAGCUGGCGGAGCCGUUUGUCGACAAUGGCCUCCGGUUCUGGACCACGGAGCGUGAACAUGUUGAACACUGCGCUUGGAUGCUGAUGCGGGUUGCCCACGUGCUGGUGACGGAUGCACGGCGCGACACACUCGUCACAAACGUGCAUCAUAGCAAUCAUUGCAUCUUGUUGCUGAAGGAGUGGGCUUUGAAGCCUACUAUCGAAGGUCUCGACGACAUUACAGUGGAAGCCAAUGUAGGAUUUGGCAGUUGUUAA